CCCGAAAUGAAUUUCGACCAGAUCCUCUCUGCCAUUGGAGGAUUCGGCAAAUACCAGAAGAUUUUGUACGUAUGGAUUUGUUUACCCCAGGUCCUGCUCGCCUUCCACAUGAUGGUGAGCAUCUUUACCGGAGCCACGCCGCCGCACCACUGCCGAGAGAGCUCAAGCUCAGCAACCGGGAAUCAUUCCUCCUUCCCGGGUACACUGAGCCUGAACUUCAGCCUUUCGGACUCCUCAUGCUUCUCCUCGGGCGUCCCGCUGCAGGGAAACCGCACUGAGCGCGAUGCAUGUGGCGAUGGAUGGGUGUACAGCAAGGAGACUUUCCAGAGUACCACAGUCACCGAGUGGGACCUGGUGUGCGACAAAGCGGGACUGAACAGUGUUGGUUCAUCUAUCUACAUGUUCGGCCUGUUGGUGGGAUCUGCAGUGUUUGGAGCCAUGGCUGACAGGUACGGCCGACGUUUCGUGCUGCUGCUGUCCAUCGCUCUUCAGACUGUGUUUGGAGUCGCCGUGGCCUUUGCGCCCAACUUUCCUGUCUACGUGAUUCUUCGCUUCUUAGUUGGUGCCACAAUAUCUGGAGUGAUCAUCAAUGCCUUUGUGCUGGGCACUGAGUGGACAUGCACCAAAAGGCGCAUGCUGGCUGGUAUCACCACCGACUACGCCUUUGGCCUGGGGUACAUGCUGCUAGCAGGCAUAGCGUAUCUGAUACGAGACUGGAGGAAGUUGCAACUGGCUAUAUCAGCACCGGGCUUCCUGCUUAUCUUCUAUAUAUGGGUGCUUCCUCAGUCUGCCAGGUGGUUGUUGGCCAAUGACAGGAGGGAGGAGGCCAUCGCACUUCUCCGCAAGGCAGCGCUUGUUAACGGACGGGUCUUACCUCCCUCUGUACAGGUUGAGAAGUGUGAUUUCUUCAAUGGAGGGAAGCAAAGACACUCAGCAGUGGAUCUUGUACGAACACCUCAGAUGAGAAAGAGGGCCAUCAUCUUGUUCUUCAUCUGGUUCGUGAAUGUGUUGGUGUAUUACGGCCUCUCGCUGGGCGUGUCCAGGUUAGGGACAAACCUCUACCUGACCCAGUUUGUGUUCGGGUUGGUGGAGAUUCCGGCUCGCUCUCUGGUCCUCAUCGUGCUACCCUACAGUCGACGUUUUUCGCAAAGCGGCUUUCUUGCCGUUGGAGGACUCGCCUGUUUGCUCAUGCUUGCUGUCCCUGCUGAUUAUCCCAGCGUCCUGAGUGGGCUCGCCAUGGUCGGGAAGUUUGGUAUAACAGCGUCUUUUGCUGUAAUAUAUGUGUACACUGCUGAAAUAUUCCCUACUGUGCUACGGCAAACAGGAAUAGGGGUAUCCAGUAUGUUUGCGAGGAUGGGCGGUGUGUUGGCCCCCAUUAUCAACAUGCUUCACAACCACAGCCCCACUAUACCUCUGGUCAUCUUUGGUACCUCCCCACUGCUGGGUGCUGUCUUGGCUCUGGGACUGCCCGAAACUGCCGGCAGACCUCUUCCUGACACAGUGGAGGACGCAGAGAACUGGGACAUGAGGUCACCAACCAACAAGGAGAACCCUGACAUGUGUGAGGGUGUUAGAGGAUCAGCCAGCAGCACAGAGGAACAGGAGCUACACCGCCUAAAAAGCCAGAGCUAACCACACGUAGUCACGGGCGGACACAUUCUGUUACUCACACAUUAUACGACCUCGACAUAACAACCUCUAUGCAACUAUAUGAUUGUGAGCUCUAUGCAAAAAAAAAAAAAAAAAGCCUAAAAACAACCC